CGAACUAAAUUUUAGCUACAUCGAACGAAUUGUAGAUCCGUGGAGCUUCCAACGAGAGGGGCGAGAUGAGGCGUCAAGGCGAGGCGAUCUCGGUGCUCGCCGAGGCGCCGCUUCUCCUUCUGUGCUCGUUGAUUCUGAUUGUUCCGGGUGCGUCUGGUGUCUGGCUGAACCUGCCUGCGUCGGGCACCAAGUGCGUGUCGGAGGAGAUACAGCCAAACGUGGUGGUGCUAGCUGACUACGGUGUCAUCCACGAGGGCCAAACCGACAACUUGACCACCAUCUCCGUCAAGGUUACAUCACCUUAUGGAAAUACACUUCACGAGAAAGACCAUGUUACAACUGGUCAGUUUGCAUUCACCACUUCUGAGGCUGGCAACUACUUGGCAUGUUUCUGGAUAGAUAGCAGUAACCAAGGUGUAGAGACAAGCAUUAGCAUUGACUGGAAGAUUGGAAUUGCAGCCAAGGACUGGGAUUCUGUUGCCAAAAAGGAAAAAAUUGAGGGUGUUGAACUAGAGCUUACAAAACUAGAAGCAGCUGUGCAGGCAAUCCACGAGAACUUGCUGUACCUCAAAUCCAAGGAAGCUGACAUGAGAGAGGUGAGCGAGAGAACCAAUGCGAGAAUUGCAUGGUAUAGCAUUUUCUCACUUGGAGUUUGCAUCUCGGUUUCCAUCUUACAGUUGUGGCACUUGAAGAGAUACUUUCAAAAGAAGAAACUUAUCUAAAACGCGAUUGUAUACAGAAGGAUGUUGUUGUGUAUUAAUUUUUUGGCGUUGAAAAAUAUUCACACUGAUACACCAACAGCCUUUCAGCUGCGUAUUCCAAUAGUUUGCAAAAUGACUGAAUUCAUAUUGUAAGGAUCACACCUUGGCAAUUGGUUGCUGAAACUUAUUUUGUUGUUUUCUGGGGGUAAAGUUUGGAUUUGACUGCCAUUUGCUCGUUUAA